AUGCGGCACGCACAGGUUGGCAUCACCCUCCUCUUCGCUAGCGCUGCAGUGAUCGUGGAGGACUUUGUGGACAAGGUGAAGGGAAUCAUCUGGAUCGCCUAUCCCGGCCCGUUGGGCGGACGGGCCUUGGCAGACAUUCUCAGUGGCGAGGUGAACCCCAGUGGCCGAAUGCCGAUGGUGACCCCGAAGCGGCCCGAGGACUACCUGCCCCCGGGCAUCAACGUUGAGCCCUGGGCCGCAGACAAGAUUGAUGUCGCGCCGACCUAUCCCUACAGCCACGGGUUCAAGCACAUGUGGGAUCGCGACAUCCAGCCGCGGUUUCCGUUUGGUUGGGGCCUCAGCUACACCAGCUUCCAGCACUCCAAGCUCGCUGCGGAACUCGACCUUGGGAAUUCCCGCAUCCUCGUGCGCACAGAGGUCCGCAACACCGGCAGCCAGGCAAGGCGUGAGUUCGAGGUUGACGUUUUCAGGGCACGGUACCUCAGUUUCUUGGCUGAGGGCAGUCGCAGCAGGACUGGGCCACUGGUCCAAAAAACAAGCUUGAAGGCUAUGUGCAUGGUGAUGGCCCGGGCCGUGAAGGAGCAAGUGCUGCGAGAUCUUUGCAAGGCGGAAGCACGGUGCUUGACGCUGGAUGAUCGAAAACAGUACAGGUUGUUCACUUACGAGGCCAGCAUUGUGGAGGAAGUGGACGGCCUCCCGAAGGCUGGUCGAAAGCAAGGCCACCUUUGCGUGCAAGAUAUUCUCUGCUCCAAGGAGUCGUUGAAAAACCUUCGAGGUCGAGUAUUGCGAAAAGAUAGCAGCCACCGCUGUAAAAGCAAUCGAUGA